GGCAGAGAGCGAAGACGAGGCGGACGGCCUUGCGGGAGCGCCCGGUAUUAGUGAGCGGCGAAAUUCCAGAUUGUGCGACGAAACAACCAAUGAAAACAACAAAAAAAAAGGGGCCGGAAAGCUCAGUCAUUCCCAUGUCACUGUCCGAUGACCAUUUUUCGGAGGCCACGUUGAAGCAGUGACGGCUGAAGGCUGAAGAAGCGUAGGGGUGUGACUUGCAAGUGACCUUCACUUUCUUGGGCGGAUGGCAAUUUCCAUCGCUUCCGACGCACUUUGAAUGCCAAUCCAGUACAAAGACUGAGCCCCAAAUGGAGCCGAAACUGACUCCAUAUAUCCGACAAACAUGCCAUGGACGGUGAUAUAUAGUGGGAUCCUCUUUUUACAAUGGAAUCGAGGCUCAUUCCUUUCAGUGAAGCCGAGACAUCAGUGAAGUGGACAGAGAUUGACAAACUGGCAUAUGUUCCAGCUCCCCAGGUUCCUGGCCAAAGAAAUAACCGAGACUUACAUUGUUUGGCGUGCGCGAGGGGCCCUGAGUAAAAAAACACUCCAGGCCCUCAUGGCUCAGUUCCCCAAACAAACGGUCUAUGGCGCGUCGACCGAAUCGAUCUUCAACUCGGGAAAGGAAUGGUUCAUGCGCCUCGACUUCUGCAGCGCCAAGGACGGCGAAAAGGGAGCUGCCCCCAUCCACAUCCUCGAAGAUAUCAUUCGGGCGCUAUGUUCUUCAGCACGAGCAAGACGCGCUUUGCUAGAUGACCUUGACGACGACGAGGAGCGCAAGCCAAAGAUCUUCCUCGUUCCAUACAACAGAAAUAUGAAUCCACAUCGGGAAUUCCGUGUGUUCUGCCCACCGCCAACCGGAGAGAUUUCGUGUAUCUCGCAGUACCGCUGGACAAGCCCAUUUGGUGUGAAGGACCCUCUCGAGCAACAGAAAAUUGCGUCGCGUAUAUUGGAAGCAGCCAAGGGGAUCCAUGCCCGCAUCAUACAACAGGUUCGAGAAACAGACGCCUGGAUACUGGAGAAAAUGCAGGAGGAGGGGUUUACUUUUGAUGUUGUCUACGGACAGGCACAGGAAGUUUUACUGGUGGAAAUCAAUCCUUUCGGGGCCAUGAGUGGAUGUGGGAGCUGUCUUUACCACUGGCUGGAGGACGCGAGGACACUCUACGGUUACAAUGACAAGGUCCAGGUGAGACUCGCGAUCUAGCCUCCUCCAGUUUCUUGAAGACACCAUUGUCAAUCAUCUGUCCUAGCGACUGUUUCCGCCUUGUGAGGAGUUAGAGCUAUGAGCUUUACGGAAAAUGCAAGAAACGCGAAUUCAAUUUUUAGUCAGUCUCU